UUGUGAAGAUUUUUUAAGUGGGGUACAGCCUGUGGAGAGCAGGGCUGUCUCUGCAAUCAUAAAGUUUCGAACGGUCCUCAACGAAGUGUCGGGACAUUGCAACGAAAAUGUUUGCCCUCUGUAUUAUUUGUUGUUGUUGGGUGAUCAAGGACCUCGUUUAUGAUAUAUUAAGGGAUGCAGAAUGGGAAAAUUAUUCAGAUGACGACUUUGAAGAAUGGAUAGGGGAUGACGAAUGGGACGAUAUGUGUGAUUGGGAUUGGGACCCAUAUAUAAGAGACGAUGACGGCGAUUUCUAUGAUUGGGGUCUGGUGUGGCUGUUCGAGCCGGAACCUGUACCUGUGUAUGAAAAUUGGGACGAUGAACCAUACGUUCCAAUAAUGGUUCCAGAGAUGUUGGAUUGGGACGCAUAUUUAAGAGGCGACGACAAGACCUGCUCGAUUGGGGUGAGCCGCAGCGGUAGCAGCGGCUACCCCUGUUCACCAUCGAGAUGCACCGGCGCCAUGUGUGCCCAACACACAGGCACCGGUAGCACCUCGGCGCCCCCAUGA